AUGAACGUAGUAAGACCACGUGAUCGAGCGUGUGACGUGUCAGUUCAGUCAGUUGUGGCCGAGUCGCCUUCGCAGUCGGUUGUGUUUGUGCUCCGGUCGCCGUACCGCAGCCAACUGGACCGUUUCCGUGUUAGUUGUUAAUCAGCUGAUUCCUCAACCAGGAACAUUUUGGAUUAUUCGAACAUCGUUGUUUUCAAUAGAGGAGAGUGAUGGGAUGCAAGCUCUAGCCAGGUACAACAAGGACCUGGGCCACUCCCAGGGCGGCCACACCAUGUGGUUAGUGGAUCUUCCACUUCCUCAUCAAGAGUGCAGCAAGCUGCUGUGUUUCCGCUACUACAGUGGGCUGAAUGUGACGUGUCUCGCGCAGAGUGAGCCGUUGGAGCUGGAGGCACUCUAUCAUACACAGGCCAAACGCGACUGUCUGCGACCCGCCAGACUGCGUGACUGCAGCAGUGAAAGCGAGUCAGAACCUGAGACGUGCUCCAGGACCCGCAAGCGAGGGUGGCUCAAGAAGAAGACGUCCUUGCCCAACGGAUUUAUCCGUAGUGCCGAGAAAGUCGAGGAUUCCGACACUGAUUCCUCGAGGAACUCUUCCAAAGACCUCCCAACGUGGAACUCCCACGAGACUGCACAGAAAACGCUGGAUCUCCCCGACCAGGAUCAGGAAUACUUCCCUAUUUGGAGUCAAAAAUCACCUAUAGCUACAAAAUCUGUGUAUGAAACGCUUUAUCCUUCCUCUACCGAGCCGCCACCACCUCUGCCUCCCAGAUCUUAUCCUCCGAGGCACAGACCACUGGAGCGGACUAGAGCUCUGCACCCUUCCCCACACCAUUGGAGACCCCCUGAGGUACUGAGGAAAAAUAAACCUACAGUAGGCGGACCAAUUUUACCCCCAAGACCGAAAAAGGUUUUGAAUCCGGAGGAUAGCUUUGGAUUUGAAAUAGUUGACACUGAUGAACUCUCUGCGGCUUCUAGCCUCCAAGAGAGCCUCAGUGUUGACAGAGAGGGAACUGAUCCUGUAAAACCGUGGGGUGCGGGGAACGUCAUGGUAGAAGACUCCUUAUUGAGAGUGGCAGCCCCCUUGGCAACGCCAGAACAAGACGGGAGUUUAAUUGAUACAUCUUCUUUCGAGAACUUAAUAGACGAAGAAGAUGUUGUGGAGAAUAAACCUAUCCAGAAGGGUUGUGUUAGACGCACAAUGCCUGCGAGAUCUGGACACGUUUCUAGUCAAUCUUUCGUUAGUCAAAGUGAGGUGUGUGAAAGUGGUGCGGAGAGUGUUGUUCCUGUCGAGGCUGGUCCUGCGACUGAGAUGCCGUCCAAAGACUCAGAGAGUGUCCGAGACUCUCUUACAGUUCCUGAGCAAUCUACUGCCUCUAUCUCUCCAUUGUCGCCGAAUUCCGCAUCAACUCCUACUUCAGACUCCGGCAUCGUCCUCACUAACUCCAUAGCUGAUUCCAACCACAUGGUGUCCAGCACGAGAAGUUCUAGUUCGGAUUCGAUAGGGACGGAGAUCACAGAGGGUCCCGAACCUGUCAGCCACCGGCCAAGAUCCGUGGCUGGAAGUGAGACGCCUCUACGAUCGCACAGACCGUUGUCACGACAAGUCAGCCACCCCCCAGACAGUGCUGUCAUGCUGCUACUGACAGACUCUCCACGCCCUCAGAAUAGACUGUUGAACAGAGUCGCAGCUAUCACAUCUCCCACGAUACCCCAGUGCCCUCCCACCCCUACCCAUCAUGCUCGUCCUGUCCGUGCUUCCUUCCAGAGUCCCAUACUUCCUAGACACACACUGACGAGGGAUUUCAACAAUGCCUCUGCCGUACCCAGGCCACCUGAACCCUCUGACGAAACGUUUUCUCUUGAGCCAUUCCGGGAAGUGCCAGAUCGCCCAGAGGACUCUGGAUGUUCCUCCGGUACGACGCAGAAUGGCUGCUCGCUCCUUCCAUUGCGUCACCUUACAUCUACACGCCUGCCUUCCAUCCCUGAAAGGUCGGUCAAGGGCCAACGUUUAGAGCUCGGCACUGACGAAGAACCUCUGCCUCCACAUUGGGAAGCGCGUAUCGACAGCCACGGAAGGAUCUUCUACAUCGACCAUGUGAACAGAAUGACGACAUGGCAGAGGCCCUCUGGUGCUCGGGCCAGACCUCUGAGCAAUGAGCUGCAGAGGCAACAACUGGACAGAAGGUACCAGAGUAUCCGGCGUACCAUCACGUCUCGCCGGCCGGAUAGUGACGAGAGCGUGGGAGACUGCCCAGAUCUCCCGUCCACCGCUCCGGUGGUGCCAGAAGGGGCAGCAGUGUCCGAGACCGUCAACCACACCCCCGCCGUCAAGUUCCUCUCCCGCCCGGACUUCUUCUCCAUCCUGCACAUGAACCAGGAUGCUCUGGCGUUGUACAACCGAAACGGUUCACUAAAGCACAUGGUAUCCAAGAUCCGGCGUGACCCGGCCACGUUCCAGCGUUACCAACAUAACAGGGACUUGGUCGCUCUGGUCAACCUGUUUGCUGACGCUGUACGGGACCUGCCGCGUGGCUGGGAGACCAAAAUGGAUCGCAACGGCAAGCAAUUCUUCAUUGACCACACAAACAAGACGACAACGUUUAUAGACCCCAGAGUGCCGACAGAGGCCCCGUACCUCAAUCCCCACAAGUUGUGCACCGGCUGGGGAUCUGGCGCACGCCGGCGCAGUCACAGUGCCGGGGAGCAAGAUCUGGCACUCGUGAGAGCUCCGGUGCCCCCUCCCCGCCCCCCUGGCCCUGGCCCCUCAGGCCUCAGCAGUCGUGGUCUGGAGAUACCCACAGCAUACAAUGAUAAGGUGGUGGCUUUCCUGCGGCAGCCGAACAUCAUAGAGAUCCUGCGCGAGAGGCACGCAGCUCUGGGCUCCAGUGUGGCUCUGCGGGACAAGGUGAACGCAGUCAGGGUGGAAGGAACUGUGGCACUGGACCGGCUCAGUCACGACAUAGAUCUCACCAUUCUACUCAGCUUGUUCGAACAGGAGAUUAUGAGCUAUGUGCCCGCAAGUCGCACGUCUCCGCGCGGUUCUCCCCAGCUCAGUCCCCAGACCAGCCCUGGACUGUCACGUGCCAACGCGCGUGCGCCUGCUCCCUACCGAAGGGACUUUGAGGCCAAACUGCGCAACUUCUACCGCAAGUUGGAGAGCAAGGGCUACGGUCAGGGACCUGGCAAACUCAAGCUGCACAUCCGCCGUGAACACCUCCUGGAGGACGCCUUCAACAAGAUCAUGUGUGCCUCCAAGAAGGACCUGCAGAAGUGCAAGCUGUAUGUCCAGUUCGACCACGAGGAGGGUCUGGACUACGGCGGACCUUCUCGGGAGUUCUUCUUCCUGCUGAGCCGAGAACUGUUCAACCCCUACUACGGUUUGUUCGAGUAUUCGGCCAACGACACCUACACGGUGCAGGUCUCGCCCAUGUCGGCCUUCGUCGACAACCAGCAUGAGUGGUUCAGGUUCAGCGGACGCGUGUUGGGACUCGCGCUCGUCCACCAGUAUCUCUUGGACGCAUUCUUCACUCGGCCAUUCUACAAGGCUCUGCUCAGGCUACCAGUAUCCCUGAGUGACCUGGAGUCUCUGGAUGGGGAGUUCCACCAGUCCCUGCUGUGGAUCAAGGAGCGAGAUAUUUCCAGCGAGACACUGGACCUGACAUUUGCCGUCACGGAGCAGGUGUUUGACCAGGCUGUGGAGAGAGAGCUCAAGCCUGGAGGACGUAACAUUCCAGUCACGGAGAAGAACAAGAAGGAGUAUCUGGAGAGGGUGGUGAGGUGGAGAUUAGAGCGAGGAGUCUCCCAGCAGACCGAGUCCCUGGUGCGAGGUUUCUACGAGGUGGUGGAUCCUCGGUUGGUGUCGGUGUUUGAUGCUCGGGAGCUGGAGCUGGUGAUCGCUGGGACCGCCGAGAUAGACCUUACGGACUGGCGGACUCACACGGAGUACAGAUCUGGUUAUCACGAUAAUCAUCCAGUGAUCGUGUGGUUCUGGUCAGCCAUGGAACGGUUUUCCAAUGAACAGCGGCUGAGGCUCCUGCAAUUCGUCACGGGCACGUCAAGUGUUCCGUACGAGGGUUUUGCAGCGUUACGCGGCUCUACAGGUCCCCGCAAGUUCUGUGUGGAGAAGUGGGGCAAGCCUAACAGUCUGCCCAGAGCGCACACUUGCUUCAACCGGCUAGACCUGCCGCCGUACCCGACUCCGGAGAUACUCUACGAGAAGCUGCUGCUAGCCGUCGAGGAAACAAACACCUUCGGCAUCGAGUAGUGGAACCUCGACUCUAGUUCCGAGCAUGUGCACGUUUUAGUAUGCACGUGCUUUACAUUCAGUUUUUGGUGGGUUCGAGUAAUCUUUUUAUUCCCUCACUUUAGUUUUCUUUGAUGAAAAUCAGUUGUAAUGCUUAAAGACAUUAAUUUUUAUUACAGUUCCUCCUGGAUAAUGGGGUCAGUUAAAUUCGUCAUAAUGCGGCGUUUCCUCUUACUCAGUAAGCUGUUUCCAACCUUAAAAAUAUUACUCGUAUCUACUGAUUAUACUAGUAAGUGCUGUUGUAUUCUUUUAAAAAUCAAAUUAAAAGGAAAAAGUUUUAUUAGUUUUUAAAUAAUUAUUAUUUAUUUUGUAGCCAAAGGUUGUUUUUUGUUUUUAAAUAUUUUACUUGACUGAAGACACUAUUCUGUACAUAAUUUAUUUGUAUAUUAUAUAUCUAUUAUGUAUUUAAGGCCAGUGUAUUGUUGUCAGUCGAAUCUGUGGUGGUCAGUGAUAUUGUUAUCCGUGGUCCCCUUCCCACUUUUGUUUAACAAUAAACAACUUCUUUAUUCGUCACAUUCAUGUUGAAGAACGAGCGAUUGUUUAACAAUCAAAUGUUUUAGGGACUCGAAUAUGUUAAGAGAAAUUAAAUUUCAUUUUUAAACUACUAAAGUAAAGUGGGCGAAUUAAGUUUAGACGUUUUAUACAAUAAGGGUUGGUAAAAAUGCUCAUUAAAUUGAUAUUAUGUGAGUUGUUAAAGAUUUGUUGAUGUAUUGUGUCAAAUGUUUUGAGGUUAGUAGAAAAUCAAUGUUAUACGUAUUAACAGAUUUAUUGGUUCACUAUAUAGUAAAAAUAAAUAUUGAAAGUAUUGUUGAUUAUUAUAAUUUUCGAUAAGGUGUUAACGUGUAAUUCGUUCGCUAAACACCGUAAAUUCUUCUUUGGACUUUGUAACAUUCAGACGUUGCAUUUAAAAUAUCCUGAAAAGGGCACAGUUUUCAAAUAGUGUAGAGAAGAUAAAUAGAACGCUUUUAAAAUGCUCAGUGAUCGUUUUGAACUUUUACGGAAAUCUUAGCGGUAAUUAGAUGAAAUUGAAGGUUUUUGAAAAUAUACAUGAAGCCUAGUCACGCUUCGCUCAGCAGUAGCCCUAGCUUUUAUACAUAUGAAGCACAAUUCGUCCAUUAGGUGGCUAGAUUCAAUUGUCAACUAUGUUUGCUUUCUGUGUUUUGUAUCCUGAUCGGACAGGUUUCGAGCGGGCAGUUCAUUCAUAGUGAAGUCGUGUCGGAGUUACACACAUUAUAUGUGUCUCCUGCUCCGUGCUACAGAAUUGAACAAAUCAUUGUCGGUAACACAAACAGUGUUACCGCUGCUCUAGACUUUUCGUAUCUGAGUGAUUACUCUUGAACUGAAAAGUAUAGAUGUUUGAGUUUGAAAGUUAACCACAAACUAACCAGCAGAGCUACAAUAAAGAGCUUUACAUUUAAAUUUAGCAUGUUUAUUCCUGCGUUUAGACGUAAAAGCAAAUUAUUUACAAAUGAUUACGUCCACACACAACGUAGCUAUGGUGAAAAAGGUUGAUUCAACGUACGUAAAUGUUGACUUUAUAUUAGCAUCUGGAAUCUGAUGGACAAUGAGAAUACGUCUUCACCUAGAUUACAAUAUAUUUUGUAGUUCUAGGUUUUUAAAUCAUUGCACUGUUGCAUGAUGGUGCAGACACUGCAAAUACAGAGACAUAGGUGUAAUUCCUGGAGUAAAUUAUUGAAUUUCAAUAUUUUAGUCCUAUUUUGAACACCCAUCGCCAGUAGCUUGAUACAAUCUCAUAUAGUACAAAUGAGAAAUUUUUAUCCUAUAACAAUUGAAUUACGUACACUUUGUGCACCGUAAAAUCAUCAUUACCGUUUCACAGAGUCUCCCGAUUUUACGUUUCAUGAAAAUAAAAAUAAAAUUGUUCCAUAGCUAUAUUGAGUGUGGCCAAAAAGGAGUAAGUCCAUAGAGCUUGCAAUGUAUUUCCUGUUUGAAUGUGUUCUGCACAGCUGAAAAUACCCUCAUUUGUUUCACUACGACCAAACGUGGAGUACGUAGUGAAUAUGUGGAUACGUAAACAAACUAAACGUCUCUUGCCAAGUAACGUAAAAACGAUACAGCCCUGCCACUUCAAUAUCACGAUUCUCAGAAGCCUGUGAUUAAAAGUACGUGAAAACCCGCUGGAGAUCCAACACUGCUCGUAUGAAUGUACUACCUGCUCGCUCUGCACAUUAUCUGUACAUAUGAUGUGCACCGCUGUUCCGAUGUUGUUGUUGUUGUUUUGUAAGCUCUCAUGAGUCACGUGUUUCUGAUGCUAGUCAUAGAUGGUAUAUUUAUAUAUUUGUGUUUCACCUCAUAUUGUAUCAUUGUCAUCGUAACUACAUUACGUUAUAAGUAUAUUGUGAUUUCGACUUUAUUUAAUCACGUUGAAUGUAUAUUAUAUUUAUUAUCCAAUAAUAUAAAUUUAUAGAAAAGUUUAAGUUUAAAUUACUUUCAAAUUUGAUGUGCACUGUCUAUGUUUGGAGAUUGGAUGUCGGGAGGAUGAAUGGAACUUUCGUUAUUGUUAAAAAAAAUCGAGUACUUGGUUGUAAGUGAAAUUGAUUUUCAAAAGUGUUAUUUCGGUUUAGCAGAUUUCUUGUUAAAUAUUCUUUCAGAUUUUUCUUUACUUAAAAUUUUAGUUUACAGCAAUAUAAUUCUAGUUAUUAUUCCAGUUGUUUAUUUAUAUUUAAACAAUGUAAUAAACGUGUUAAAAAACGUAAUAAAGUAAACUAGAUAGACGAAUAUAAUGUUAACGAUAUCUGUUGAUGAGCACACAGUACAGUACAGUAUAUUCUAAUAAAACACCAAUAUUCCAUGUUGUUUCAUUCCUCCAAACAUAGAGAGCAGUAGAUGGAAUCUCAGACAAUAGGCUAGUUGUCGUCGUGUGACGAUUGCUACCACUAAGCGUUUUUAUGCAAUUAAACAUGUGUUAAUUAAAUUCA